AUGGAUACAUCAAUAACUACGAAUCAGUGUAGACUACAUUAUAUAUCACAGAGAGUAUCACGUUUGAAAUGUCUCAACAAAUCAUAUCAUAAUGAUUUUGUAUUAUUUGCAACUGGUUCAAAUCAAAGUAAUAAUAGAAUAUCGUUAUGGGGUGUAGAUAUUAAAGGACAAACCGAUGAACCAUUGGAGAUCUCUUACUUUCCAAAUGGUGGUGGUGGUGUGAUCAGUGAUCUUAGAUUCGUAGAGAUGAGAUCUCAACCAGCUAUAGUUGCAUCGGAUUCAAAGGGAUCGCUUACCGUAAUCAAACCUAAUAGCAUACCAAAGAAAUAUACAGAGGUGCAACACAGAGGUAGACACUCUCAACAAAAUAAUACCUCAUUAGAUAUGCCAGAAGAGCCAUCUUGCAAACUAGAGAAAGUAAAGCGCUGGGAAAACUUGCACAAAGGUGGAAUCACUGCAAUCGACACAACCUACGACAAUGAACAUAUCGUCACUGUUGGAAAUGAUGGUGUUUUAAAUGUUUUAUCAAUUGAUUCUCCAAUACCAAUAUAUACAAACAAAAAGAUUGAUGGGUUAUCAGUACAUACAGUUAGAUAUAUGACAAACAAUGAGAUUAUAACUUCGGGUGUCAAUUCUGUUUUAAAGUUUUGGGAUAUCAGAAGUAGUACACAUCAACCAAUCAAAACAAUAAGACAAGUUCAACAAACACAGACAUCACCAACACAUUCUAUAGCAGUACAUCAUGAUCAAACACAUAUAAUUGCAACUGGAAAUGCCGAUGGUUAUGUUUCAUUAUUCGAUUUUAGAAAUUCAUUUGCAAUCGAUCAGAAUCAAAAUCAUAAAUCUCAUGUUUGGGAAGUUGAAUUUAGUAAAUCGAAAUCGAAUCAAUUAUUUUCAUGUUCACAAGAUGGAUCAGUAUAUUUAUAUGACUACAACAGAGAUAACAAUAUGACAUCUACCAAUAUAUUCGAUCUCUAUGACAAGGCAGUUACACCAGUAGUUGCAUCGGGUUUGACAGCGUCAUCGAUCGAUUCAUUCGAUAUCAGUGCACAUCAUCUGUUUUGUGUUGGUUCAUCUCAAAGUCUAGUAAUAAAAUCACUUAUUAAUUAA